AUGGAGAGGAAAGAUUUUGUAGCUGUAGAAGAACCGGUCUCAGAUGGGAGGGUAUCAUCAGAUGAUCUUCGACAAACAACUGAAGCUGUGACCUUUGAACUAGCUCACGGAAGACUCUCUACAAUGGAUGUAAAUACCUGCAUGUCUAUGAAACCUGAAAAUGAGACGUAUGGCCUGACAGUCCUGUGGGAAGAGAGCGAAGACCUGAAAGUCCUUCCCGAAGGAGAACGGAUUGCACUUCUUACAGUGGCAAUUGUCCUUUGCAGCUUCUGCGUAGUAGGAAACUGUGCAGCCAUCUUUACUGUAUUUCGCAGGAAACUCCGUUUGCUGUACAAGUGCUGUCUCGUCUCUCUGGCGCUCAGUGAUUUACUGCUAGGCCUAUCCUACUCAGCCACCUACAUUCCAAAGUUCGUCCAGAAAUAUUCCAAUGCUUGGGCAUUGGGUGAAGGCAUGUGCUCCUUUCAACCCCUGUUGAUGGCGAUGUGUCUGUUAAUAAACUCGAUGACAAUUUCCUGCAUCGCCUUGGAUCGUUACCAGGCUGUGAGGGGUGGCGUUAAGAAGAGGUGGGAUCCUAACCUGUGGAUCUGCCUGCUUCUUAUGCUGCUGAUCUGGUCUGCGUGUGCAGGUACUGCUACGCCAAUGUUUUUCACGUACAAUUACAUAGGACCAAUGCAUGUGGUGACUGUCGACUGUGAAAUCCUUCCCGAUCCCCUGCAUUUCUGUGUCGUACCUACAAAAGAAUUCAAAAGCCAGUAUUACAUCUCAGUAUACGCCCUCAUCUUCCUUCCCCUGUUCGUCACAUUCGUCGGAUUCUACACUGUAGUCGCCUCAUACGUCUGGAAACAGCGGAUUCCCAUCAGCAGACGUGCGCAUGAGCAAACUUCAAACGCGACAGCUACUUCAGCUACAAACAAAACGUACACGAAAGCUAACACAAAGAUGUCGCCCAGAUACGUCUUUCAAAGUAACACAACUAUCAACACGGGGUCAAGGAGCACGCUGGUAACUGACAGUGGCUCCGGAACGCCUUUAAAUCGCAGAAGAGAACAUUGCAGUGACGUACCUCAAAGAAAAUCUCAUGCCGAGCCGACCGUUCGUACAGUCCAUACCAAACGUAAAGUGCGUACCUUCAAAGUAAUUAUGGUUCUCAUUGUCACUUGUUUCAUAGGUCGUGUGCCUAGUUGGAGCUUCAACGUUGCCCAGUCUGACCCAGACAUUAGACUGGACGACAUGAAAUGGUGGCUAUUGCAGUUCUGGUUCACCAUAAUGAGUCUGUUUUCAACAGCACUGAAUCCAUUCUUGUAUUGCUUCAUGAAUGAGACAUUGGAUUUUAUACAGGCAUUCUUUACGUUCAUCGGGAGUAUUUUUUGCUAUUGUUGCAUUUCUUUGAAAACAGAAACGAAAAUAGAUGUUAAAAAAGACAGUCAAGAGAUUGUAGAUGAACAGAAAAACCAGAUUAGAUCGAUUUCCAUUGUUCCUCGGGGUCCUUAUUUAAAUAACGAAGAAAAUAGACUGGGUGCAGUUGCGAUAUCUGUUGAAGUCAAUCAUAUUUAACCAUUUAUACAAAAAAAUAGUUAUUCUAUUAGAACCUGCAGACCCAGAUCCAUGGCAACAAACGUUGCGUUAUUUGGGUAACGUAAAUGUAAAUACAAAAUAUCAAGUGUAUUUUAAAGAAAUCGUAUGUGACAAUGAGAACUGGAUUCGCCCGGCUUACCGUAUGGAUCAGUGGUGUUAUUUUGUAAACAUGGCUAUGAACAUUAAGGUGAAUGACGUUAAAACAGUCUGGAAAUAUAUUUAAACAAACACAUGUUCCGAAUAUGCCUGUCUUGUUGCGCCAUAUAGUCUGGUGGAAGUUUACCAACUUUUGGAGAUGACUGCUACGUCUUAAACGUCGGAUACCUUCUACCAGGCUACAAGGUAUAACACUCGUAGGACAGUCAUCUUACUAUUCAUCGCCGUGUAUAACCU